GAGCACCUCAUAACUUAUAAUGUCAACAAAGCACUACAAACAAUAAAUCAACUUGUUUUUAUAGAUGUUCAUUCUGGAAGUUUUGUUUUUCUACUAGUCAUUUGCUUUUACACAUAUAUACUUCGUUUACAACUAGAAUACAGGAUAGCAAUCAUCAUUUUGCAUUAGAAAGCCGUUUGCUGGAUCUUAUUGAUUUUCAGUCAUGCUAAUAUCUCAUCUGGUAAACCAAGCUACAAUAGCAGAUAGAGUAACCAUCCUACAAGCUUAUUUUAUUUUCUGUAUUAAUAAAUUAACUAUUGGC